GAGGAGUGGUGGUGCUGAGCGUGUACCUGCACGUCGGGGAGGGGCUCUCGGCGAACAACCCGGGCAUCAUAUGGCAGCUGGCCCAGUACCUCGGCGCGUUGGAGGCGGAGGGCUACCACUGGGUGGUCAUGGGAGACUGGAACAUGGAGGCGGAUGUCCUGAGCUUCGGGUGGAUCCGCAAGCUGCGAGCGCAGAUUCGUGUACCCGACGCCCCCACCUGCAGGCAAGGCAGCGGCUCCAAGAUCGACUACUUCGUGGUGUCCAAGAGCCUGGCUGGCUUUGCGGCGGCACCGCCGUGGCUUGACCGGGGCGCCAGCACGUGGCCCCACUGGCCCGUCCACCUGCCCCUGCGGGCACUGAGAGCGGAGUCUUGGCAGCAGGUGCUGGGUGAGCCGAGAGCGGUUCCCAGGGGGCCCGCCAAGCCUGGCUGCGCCCGUGGCCCCUGGCGGUGGACGGAGGUGAUGCGAUGCGUCCAGGCCACGCAGGACGAGCAAGGCCUGCAGAUCAUCGGGGACCUGUUGCUGGAGGGGAUCGAGACGGAGAUCCUCGACAGGCGGGACCUGGUGGGACCCGCGCGCCGCACCUUCGCUGGGCGCGGCACGCGGGGGGAGGCUGCAGGCCUGAGAUGGGAGAUGGCGCAGUGGAGGCCGCCCCAGAGGCGGAAGCUGCGGGGGCCAGAGGAGGAAGGCAGAAAGGCGGCCGCGGAGAGGGGCAAGUGCGUGAAGUCCAUCGCGGCCACCCGGGCGCACCUCAAGAUGUUCCUGGCGAACAUCGAGGACCAUGUGCACUGGCGGACCCUGCCGCGGUGGGCACAAUGGCCCUUCCGAGCUGAUGCCAACUGGGCAGAGGCGGACUUCGAGCGGGACCUCAAGCGGGCCCUGGUUGAGGCGAAGGAGAAGCAGAGGAGGCUGGUCCAGGCCGACGAGGCACGCUGGAAGGAGCGGGUGGGCGAGGCCUUCCUGGGCGGCGCGGGAGCGGCGCAUGCGGCCUCCAAGGUACCUGCGCUCCAGGAGGUGCUGCCCGCGCUGCGGAAGGAAGGUUCAGCGGCCUUGGUGGACAGGGAGAUGAAGCAGUGGAUCGACAUCUGGAACUACCACGGCCUCACUAGCAUGGCAGGGGUGGGCCAGUCGGGUAUUCCGCCGAGGGCGCUGGAGGAUCCCUCCGACGAGGCCUUGCACGCCAUGGUUGCGGUCUACCACAAGUGCGAGGAGCUCCUCGCGUGGCCGAGUGGCCGCCUCAUCAAUACCAUGGUGAGGCUGCCCAAGCCUGACGAGGGCUGCAGGCUGAUCGGCCUCAUGCCGACUUUGGUGCGAGUGUGGAGUCGAGCAAGAAGGCCGAUCACCAAGGACUGGGAGCUCGCCCAUCCUUCGGCCCUGGUUUGGGGCACGGGCCCUGGACGCUCGAGCUCCGACUCCGCGUGCGAGCUGAACCUGGCCAAGGAACAGGCGCAGAUGGUGGAGGCACGAGCGCUGAGGUUCCUCAUGAGGUUGGUGUGGAUGCUGCUGAGCACCUAUCGGCAGCCAAGGACGCUGGCGGCGUUCAACGCCACGUCGGACCUAUUCGUGGCCUGGCAAGGGAAUAUCGCAGGGCGUGGACAUGCCAACUCGCUGCUGAUGGUACUCACGCUCCGCGCGCUGCAGAGAGCGCACGCCAUUGCGCCGUCGGUGACACCGCGUGGCCUGGUGGACGACGUAACCCUGGACUGGAAUGGACCACGGGGCGUGUCCGACAACAGCCUGUCCGAGGCGCUCAAGAGCUUCUCGUCGAGCAUGGUGGAGCUCAAGCUAGUCAUGCAGCCGCUGAAGCCGGGGUACAAGGCAUCCUCCAGACUGAGGGCGCGGCUGCUGGCGCCCUCCAUGCGGCGCGCGGGCCUCGCGGAGAAGUUCUGGGUGCGCAACCUAGGGCACGAGCUCCAUGGGCGGAAGGUGCUCCGUACUCAGGAGAAGCGCCGCCUUCAGGCCCUCGCGGCCAGGCGCAGCCGAGUGGCCAUGCUCAGGCGGGCAGCUGGAAGGCGCGCAGCGGCGCUGGCAGCCACUGGCCUGUCCCCGUCGGCUGGCCAUGGCGCGGGCGUAGCAGGCCUGGCGGAUCGGCCGCUGGCACAGCUGAUCACGGUGGCGGCGGCCACGGCGGGUGCCAAGGCGGGCUGUGGUACCGCCGCAGUCAUGCUGCUGCAGCGGCGUGUGGACUACGACCCGAUCUACGCAGCCACCAUCCCGCUGGUGACGCGCCUGGCCAGCCGCAUCUGGGAGGGCCGAGGCCCGCUCGGGGCCACGUGGCUCACGCUCGGCCGCAUCGGCUGGUCGAUGACAGCGGCGCGGGCGCUGCAGACCGACCUGGGCGAGACGCUGUCCAUGCUGAGGGUGGCCCCGCGGGGCAUCAAGGACGCGCUGGUGGAGGGCAUCCAGCGAGGCCUGCGGCUGAGCUGGGGGGCCAUCCAGGCGGUUUGGGCAGGAGGGCACUUCACCAACGCCUGGAUAUACGCCAGAGGAUACGCCGACUCCGACAUGUGCCAGGCAUGUGGGGGAGCCAAGGACACGCUCAGGCACAAGUGGUGCGCACGCCCUGUCCUCAUGGUACCGCAGGGCGAAGAGUUGGAGCAUGAGGAGCCGUUCCGCAAGCCGAUCGCGGGGAUGCGCCGCCAGCUAGAGGAGGCCGAGCAGAAGUGGACCAUCGGGGACAGCGAGCUGCCGCUGUCGCACGGCCUGCCGCUGCUGCCUGCCAUGCCGCCGCCUGCGCCGUCGGACAACGUGGUCCUGGAGUGGGGCGCCACGCAGGAGGGCUGGCCGUCGGUGGUGUACACGGACGGCUCAGGGCACGCCUCCAAUGCCCCCGAAGCGCGAAGGUGUGGAUGGGCCGCGGUGGCCCUCAGGCCUGAUGGCCCCCCCCUCAAGGCGGCCUACGGGCCGCUGCCUGGGCCGCGCCAGACGGUGGGGAGGGCUGAACGGCAAGCGUGCCUAGUGCCCCUGGUGCAGGUGGGCUCCGUCCAGGUCAUCGUCAGCGACCUGCAGGCCCUGGUCACGGAGGGCAACGACUGGUCCCCGACAGCGCAAUCGGCCAGGGGACGGCACGCCAGCAUCCGGCGCCAGCUCCAUGCGGCGGCAGCGAGGCGCGGGGGGCAGCCCCCGCGCUUCCGAUGGGUGCCCGCCCACCGCAGCCUCCAACAAGCGCUGGACGAGGGCCUGCGGCCCCCGGACUGGCUGGGGAACUGCUGGGCGGACUUCUUCGCCAACCUCGGCGCGGAGGAGGCCAGACUGCACACCAACACGGUGGGGGCGUUGCAGGCGGAACUCCAGCGCGCCCUGGACACGGCCACCUUCCCUGGGCUGGGCGGCGGCGCGCAUCUGCGAGCUGGACCUGCGGAGGCACGGACGCUGCUGGACUGCAGACCUUGCCAGCCUACGGAGCUGGGCAGGAUGCGGGCCCGCUGCAACCAGGGGCGGCCACUGGCGAGUUCCGCAGCUGUCAAUGCGAGCCUGCAGGACCAGAAGUGGACGUUGCAGCGGAAGGUCGACUACCUGCUGGAGGCGGCCAAGGGCUGCGAGCAGGGCGGCGCCGCGGGGCGCGUGGGCUUGGCGAGGCCGCAGGAAGGCAACAACCUCUUCGCCAUCGAAGCGUGGGACCGCGCUGGCCCGCUGGAGGCCGCCUUGGGCAUGCUGGCUAGCUCCUGGAUCGUCGACCUGAUGGACCAGAGCCUGGCCUACGCGUCCUGGAUGGAGGAGUGUGUAGAGUACGUGUACAGGCUGCUGGACGAGGAGGUCGAUCGCGGUUUCUUCGCGCACAACAGCGACGAGAUGCGCAACGCGGAGAGGCUGAGGCGGGCCGAGGAGUUCUGCGAAAGAGGCUGGCGUGAUGGCGGGCCCUUCAGGGAGGCCCACAUCGACGAGGCGCCCCAGCUGGAGGGCGAGGCCAGACAAGCCAAGCUCCAGCGGCUGAGGGGCUACCACGCUGCGGCGCGCGCCUUCCUGUGCGAUCGCGGUAACGCACGGCGCGCUGGGGGCAGACGUGGGCCUCUCUACGUCACCUUCUUCGAGCACGUGGGCGGAGCAUAUGGAGGUGGGAGUGGCGGUUGGCGGCAGAGUGGUGCGGCCCAGCGGCGAGGACGCUCGAGGUCUCGGACGAGCGGCCGCACCAGCCAGUCGCAAGGCCCCGCGGGAGCCCGAGCCGAGCCGCAGAGGCCUGCGCUGCCGCGGCCAAGAGGCGAUGCGGAGGGCCCACAGCGGCCAGUGGACCAGCGCGCCGCCCACGCCCAGCGGCGCAGGCGCAGUGCGAGGCGGUCGGCCAGCAGGCCCCGCUCUCCGCACGCGCGGGGCCAGCCCGCGGGCCACAUCGAGGACGAGCGCAACAGCAGCCCCGACCCCGACGCGGCGAUCGGCCUGGAGGUGCUCCGCAGCAUGCUGAGGGCCUUCGCGGGCUGCUGGGCGUUCGACCUGCGCGACUCGGAGGCCGCGGAGGACUCCUGGAUGGCCUGGGCGGCGCAGCACGCCCUCGCCUGGCUGGCCAGGCCCGACAAUGAGGACACGAGGGCGGCGGCAGCGAGGCGUGCAGGCUCCAUAGGCUUGCGAGCGCUGGUCCAGGCGAUGGUCAGGCAAGCGUGGCUCUUGAAAGCGGACGUGCGGCGCAUCGCAGUGGGGCACCUGAUGAGCCUGGAGACCCCAGAGAACUGGCUGCACGCGGCUGCCCUGCAGUGGGCCACACUGGACGACGUCUGCUGCACCAUGGAGGACGUCAUCGGCGAGGCGGGGGCCAACCUGCCCGCGCUGCCUGGCUUCGCUGGUGCCCUGCCUGGCCUGGGCCCUGCUGGCUCCAGCGAGCUGCCGCCCCGCCAAGCCGGCCUGCCGCGGCCCCUGGGCCUCCGCGGCCGAGGGAUUGAAGCACUGCGGCGGCCAUGGCAAGGCACUUGGCUCAACCAGCAGCUGCCGAUGGCGAACGCGAUGCAGGGCGGGCUAGGGGCCCUGGGCAGCGACAGCGACGGAGAGGACGACUGGCCGCACCCAGAGGGUGGCGGCGGCCCUGCGAUGGGGCACGGAGGAUGCGAGGCUGCGGCUGCCCGCGGGGCAGGGGGCCCCCCUGCGGCGGCUGCCUGUGCCCUUGCAGCGGCGGCGGCAGCGGCUGCUGGGCCCAGCGAGUGCGGCGGCGACGGGCAGGGGCUGAGCGGGAAUGCCCGAGGGCCCCAGCGCUCGAGGAGCCCCGAGCGGGCGGGAGGCCCCCGCCCGCCACGCGGGGAGGUGCAGCUCGCAAAGGUGCACUUGGGGCACGGCAUGCGCACGGCGGGCCAGCACGCCCUCUGCUGCAAGUGCGGGGCCUUCGCGCAGCUGAAGGGCGUGGAUCGGGCCAGGGGCCUGAAGGCGGAGUGCGGCGGCCGCCUGCCGUUCGAGCCGCAGGCCACGGCUGGCGAGAAGAAGAGGCUCUACCUGGGCCGCUUGCUGAGCGGGAAAAACCGUACACGGGGCGGCCGCUCGGCUGAGCUCGGAGCUGCCGGCGCUGGCGGACAGCCCGCUGGCCCUGCGGGCCCCUCGGCUGCGCGCCUGGCGCGCAGCCACCUCCUGGGCGCAGCUUCGCUGGGGCCCAGGUCCUGCUCGGCCGCGUGCAUGCGCGCGGCCGCCUGCGGCCUGCUGGGGCGGGCCGACCUGAUGCCAGGCCUGCAGCCGUGA